AUGAUCUCCAGCAAGGCUGUUAUGUCCUUUGAAUGGAGUCUUAUGGUCAUCGCCUAUAUCCUGGUCGCCGCUCGAGUUUACGUGCGGGUUUGGCUGCGCAAUGCGAGGUUAUACUCAGCUGAUUAUCUCCUCUUCGUGGGUUUGACAGCAUGUCAGGGAUUGCUCAUUUGCGACACUUUGACAUAUCGAAUGCAUGCCAUGGACGAUUUUACCAUCACCAGCGUGGAGCUCAAAAAGGUUGGCCCUCAUUAUUGCGUGUCAGUAACUAAAUGCUCAUCAAGUCAACAGAUCCGAUUCGCGACGAAUUAUUUCUUCGACUUUGGCAUUUAUUUUCCGAAAUUCAGCAUCCUCGCAUUUUAUUUCAACCUCGUUCCUUGCACGCAUCCUGGAAUGCGAACUCUUUUGUACGCCCUGACCGGUCUCACAGCAUCCUUUUCGCUCGUUACUUUUUUCAGUGACACUUUCUGGUGCGGGCCGGAUCCUUCGGUGAAUUGGUUGGAUACCGACGAAGAGCACUGCCAGGCUUUCAUGUCGAUGGAGCUCAUGAGAUUGAACUGGUCUAUGAACUUCACCUCUGAAGUGUUGAAUGUCCUUUAUCCAUUACCACUAUUAAAAGAGCUCAAAGUGAAUUCUCGACGGAAAAGGGUUGGGUUGGCCAUCAUCUUUGGACUUGGAUUCAUCACUAUCUUCGUCAGUAUUGGACGCUUCAUUCAGACGACCUUUGUCAGUAACGACAUCUCUAUAUAUAUUUGGGCAACGGCCGAGAUAUGCAUCUCAGUCAUGGUUGUAGCUAGCACAGCCCUUCGACCCCUUCUCCGAAAAAUGUCAAACAUCAGCAUGCUCAGCAGUCACGAGCGACCACCAAACCACCAAUUAGGUCAUCUACGCCAACCGCAAAACGUCGGAAUUGGAACCAUAGGGUCAGGGACAUAUUGGAAUAGGAGGAGGAGAAGAGAUAGCUUGUCAGGAAGUGAAACGGAAAUGAAUCCAACGAAUGGGAUUAUUUUGACACAGCAGGUCAUGGUGUCAAGGGAGACAAUUGUUGCAAUACCCGAAGUACAUGAGGAGUUUAAAGUUUAG